ACACUUCUCAAAGUUUUCUACUUUAGUAAACACGUGUUUUGAGAACGUCGUCAAAUACUUGAUACAUUUUGUGGAUUCCAUCAUCUCACUUGGAGCAAAUUCAUCCAUUGCAUCUUCCACAGCAUAUCAUUUCUAGUUUGCGUACUACCCUUUUUUUCUCCGUCAUUUUCACUAAGAGAAAAUCCAAAUACCGCUUGAGCUAGCCAAGUUAUUUUUUGUGAUAUAAUCUUGUGUGAUUCUGUGUCAUUGGGAUUGUGCAAUAAUUGGAACACUUUGUUAUAUUAGAGGAUUGUCUGUCGGAUCUCUACACGCAUAAAGUUGUUGAUGAGUUGUGACAUCUCAUGAAAGAGCCAGUCAUCUUAGCUCAGCAAUCUCAAAAUGAACCACUCGCACCCUGAAGACUGGAUGACUUGUACGCUGUGCAGAGCAAACCACCAAGGGCAGCAGGUCCUAGAGAGAGCUAGAAGGAGAGAGAUCUCAUGGCCUGAACCUAGAGAACACGGAACUCCUCCCAUCCAGGAUGCCCUGGCGUACACCACCAUAGAUGAGGCCUUCGGUAGCAUCCUACAGUAUAUGACAACCAGUAGCAGACAAUGCAGAAGGUACUACUCCAGUAUUCCAGCUUCUUCCCAGAAUGCACUAGACAAACGGCAUUGUGGGAGAUUCCAUGCUCCGAGAUACACAGAGCCCAGAAAAAUGCCACAUCCGCUACAGCGAUCUGAAGAUGUUCACAUCCAAGUCCAGCCUGGUACCUACGCUGUGACAGCAGGAGGGUGGGGAAAAGGCAAAGGUCAACAGACACAUGUCGUCCAUGUCAACCAAGGUCAAAGUGUCAAUCUGGAUUUCAACCUUUGACCUCAGUGACCUUAAGGGUCAGGACUGCAUUAGCAGCUGAUUUGAUAAACUGAAUUUUAAGAGAAAGAAUUGUCCUUGCCUUGGAUCUGAUUCAGAGAAACGCUCUUUCUUGAGUUCAACAAAAAUUUUACCUUUGAGAGAUCAACAUGAAUCAUGAUUAAUUGAAAUUUGCCGUUUAUAUCAUGUGUUGAUUUGAAUAUGCUUUUUUUUUACUAUUUGACAAAUGAGGCUUAUUGGCUUUGUCAGUGGUGAUGUGAUAUUUCAAAAGACCAAUUGCUUCCAACUGCUAUGUUGCAAUGCAAACAUUACUCAUAAUCGUGACAUUGUAAUCAGUAACUGGUAGAGGCAACUGUUCAUUUGGAAGAGGAAUUAUUUGAUAUCAAAAUUAAAUGAAAGCUAUUCAUGAUAAAACUCUUCGAAACACUAUGGGAGAUAUCCUACAUGUAAGUGCAUAGAAAUGAAUCUCUCCAUGUUUAAAGCCUAUUUAGUUUUGGGGCAAUUCCAUAAAAUAUGUACGUUCGACCCCCUGUAUGUGGGACCUUCAUGAAAUUUUCUGUCUCUUAUUUCUUGUUCUUAUGACAGUCUGUAAUGUUCUCAAAGGACCAUGGCUUGGUCAGUUUAUGAAGUGGGUUAAAACUUGAUAAAAAUUGCAUGUCACUAUUUAGGGGUGUGACAGUUCAGAGUUACAGCUGAUUUCAGAUUUUUUUUGGUUCUUAUUUUCAGCUUAUUUUUGGCUUUCCUCUGUACAAAGACUAUGGGAGCUCUUUCUAUUUCAGACUUUUUCAACACUCUUCAGCUUUUUUCAGAUCUUUUUAUUUGUGACCACUCAUACCCCUGACUAUUCCAUCUCAGUACUUGAUUAUAUUAAUGCUUAUGCCUCAAAACGGUUGUGGUGUAAAGGAUAUAAACUAAAAUGUGUUUUCAUGGUUAAAUUUGCUGAUUUUACCUCAUAGUUUAAUUAGACCGGGUGCUGAGUCAAAAUAGAAUAUCUGCAUUAUUUUGCAUUGUUUAUAUAAAACACUAUCAAGCAUGGAAUGGGUUUAAAAUUUCAGGAUAAUAAUAGCUUCCUAUUAUCCAAUUUAAUCCAAUUGAUAAAUAUGUAAAGCGAGGACAAGGCUAUUUUGAAUAAAAAUAAAACAAGAGAGGGAGGUAGAUUUGAAUUCAAAUCCUAAUGGCCGAAAAAUGACAUAUUUAAAGUCCAGUGGGUAAAAUCAGUCAAUGACUACAACGCUUUUCUAUUAUAAUGUUCAAUGAUACUUCAGUAUACAUCACAUAACUAAUCUAUUACAAAAGCUAAAUACAUGCUCUAAAAUGUCUGAAAAUAUUUGAGGUUAUUGCAGUCAUGUUGAGAAAUCAAAUCCUCUGCACCUUAUAUACAUUUCUGUCCCGAUUUAUGACAUCAGCAAAUAUCGUUUUUUAGUUGAUGGUAUAAACAUUAUAUGCUGUCAUAAAAGAAAAUACAAAAGUAUUGGAGCAGGUCAUUACAUGCAAUGUUAUAAAUGUUGCAUUUUAUAAUGUUUGACGCAACAGAAGUAGGAGGUGAUUUGUAAAAUAAUUACUUUGGAAUCUGGUUCCUUAUAAAGAUGAUGUAAGCAAUGGAAGUCGUCAAUAUCACACAUGAUAUUGGCGUUACAUUAAAAAUCAUGAACAAUAAUUUUAAUUUGGUUGGAACCAUUUGCACUCACUAUGUAGACAGUUUGUAGCAUGAAAGUUCAUUUAAAUCUUGCCCAUAAUGUAUGAAAUUACUUCUGCCAAUACCAAACAGGCCUAAUAUUUUCUGUGCCUUAUCAAAUAAAAAUUUAAGGACCCCGUUCUUCACUUUUAACAGAAAAUAGAAUUAGGGUAAUUCCAUUUGACACCAGUCCUGUUUAUUAGCAAUCAGUCCAUCUGUCUAUUAUUAUUAAACCAUUUGUAUAUUUGACCUCAAUUAAAAUAACAAGCAUAUGAGUUGUGCGAAACAAUAUUUUCAUAUUCAAUUAUUCAUAUGAUGUUUUGAAGUAGUUCCUUUUAAUUUCUUUUGGUUUGAUAGUUAUAAUAAGAUAUUUUCUGGUAUCCAUUCCACAGCCCUUUGUUUGAAAAAUAAAAAAAUGUGAAAACCCAGCUAUAAACUGACAUAAGCUACUGAUAUGACCUCAUUUACUCACAAUAAAAAUAUUGCAGCUUUUGAAAUAUCAUUAAAUACAUAGAGUCAGUAUGUUUCUCCUGAAAAUGUAACGACAUUCCAGAAUACUGUCAAGAUAAUUGAACUGAAAUAUGUGCAAAUAUUGUAAAAAUACCCCAAAUGGUCUUUAAAGUUGAAUUAAGAAGACGAUUCCAAAUAUUGAGAUAUUUACAUUAAUAGCAACCUUACAACCCCCCAAACACUAAGAGGUGAUUCGACCCCCCAUUUUCUUUUUUCAAAAUAGUGAAUUUGAACGAUUUAUCCCUACCCAUUUUCCCUGAGUUCGCUCCUGCAAUGCCUACCGAGACGGGUGUUCUUUGAGUGUGACGUCACCGGGGGGUAUUUUAGUAAACAAGGCAGUGCCGCUUUGUGUACUAUGCACGUACGCCUUCAUAUGGAAUAACUGCAGUUGAAGUUGUAUCUGCGAGCCAUAGAACUUGCAAAGAGGUAAUGAUUAAAAUAUUUGUGGCCGUACUAUUAUUCCAAAUAUGUAAAUUCCCUCAGAAUGAUACCAUAGACCCUAAAGGAAUAAUUUCAAGGUGAAUAAUAUGAAAUUUGAUAGAGAUCUUCUCACCAGUCGAUAACGUAGCAGACGUGUUAUUAUGACAUAUUUAUCCGCGCGUGACGCGGCUCUUGCAAAAAAACACAGUUGGUUGCGGAAUUGCUUUGUGCCGACCGGACGCCCGCUCCGGCGCAGCUAGCUGUCGAGCUACCGUACCGCAUACCUUUCUUGUUGUCUUCAACCAUAGAUAUGUCUCUGUCUUCAACUCACUUGCGAAUUGCGUUUGUAUGUGUGACGGUGACCCCUAGCGUAAUUAAAUAUAGAAAACAACUCAGAAGGCCGAGAAAGAAUAAUACGUUUGGUUCAAGAUUGUUCUGUGGAAUGAGCUAUGAGUGGAAAUGAUCCAGAGGAUAUAAAAGUGGAGUCAAAGACAAAAGAAAAGAAGAAAAAACGCCAGGGGAUCGCGGCACGGCCAUGAACUAAGUCGACAUACCAGACCAUAACAGUACACUCAAUGCCUGUACUGUACGUACCGGGUGUUGUGUGUACUAGUUGCGUUCAGCGCGCGCUGAGCGAGAGCUGAGCUAGCCGCCGGAAUUACUUUCCAGCUAUUCACUUGAUUGAACAUCGUGAAAAUAAAUGAGAAAUAGUGAAAAUAUCAUUCAAUAACUCACUGUUUGCUAUCUUACAUCAUGAUUGAAGAGUUCAUGAUGGUUAUUCAUACUGUUUUUUAUACAGGGAAAGUAAAGAUUUGUACAUAUCAGUCCUAUUUGUUUGAUUUGAGUUGCUUUGAAAAAAAAUUGUAAAAUAUCUUUCUCUCUCUGCAUAGCAUUUCUGUAUGACAUUCAGGCACCUCUUAUACUAAAUUCCCCCCGGUGACGUCACACUCCGAGUGGCUUUUCUGUACACUCGUCUCUCGGGCUCUGACAGGUGGCUAAUUUCAUUGACUUUCAAAGCAAAAUAUCGAGAAGGCAGAGGAUUUUUGUGACAUGCUAUCUGUUUGAACAACUUAUAUAUACUAUAUAUUGUUUGUAGAACCUAUAUUUAUGGAAACUCACCCCCUUCUUAAUUCAACUUUAAUGUAAAGUUAGUUGUGUAAAGAAAUACUUGUAGUUCAUCCAGAAAUUCCAAUAUUUACAAUUUAUUUGGCAUUUUUAGAACAUCCAUAAGCCAUUUCAACCUUAUAAUUAUUUAUCUAUACCAAAUGCAAUUUGUGUAAAUAUUUUUAGCGAGUCGAUGUAUUGUACAUGAAAAAUAUACGUUCUUUUUUAAACAUA